ACCGUUGUCAACUUUUGCCUGGACCGCGUCAAUAUUUCGUAUCGUACUAAAGUGCACUUGGCGACGCGGACGCACGUUGCGUAAUUUGAAUCUAAAUUAAGGCAUAUAUCAUCUCGUCCCGUAGAGAGAAUCUCUAUUAUUCCCUUCAAAAGGCAGGAAUCGCAUCAUCAAGGUUACAUGAACUGUUACAUUUCCGCAGGAAACGCUGCAGUGGUAACCGACGCUGUUCGUGGAAGACGAAGUGAAGGAGGAGGAAUCGGCGUUGGGGAAGGAGACGGCGAGCGAGUCGUCGUCGUCGAGCGCGGCAUUGCGAGAAAGUUUUUCGUGCCGAUGAUACCGAGGGAGCCGUCGAAAUGUCAGCAGCAGCAGCACUUAAAUCCGAAAACAAGAAUGUCGAAUUCAUCGUCAAGAAUCUCUGCGCCGGUGGUAUCGCCGGCAUGGUUUCUAAGACGACAGUAGCGCCUCUGGAUCGCGUGAAGAUCCUGCUGCAGGCGCACAACCGUCACCACGAACGUCACGGCGUCUUCACCGGAAUGAAGCACAUCGUGACCUCCGAAUCACCUCUCGCCCUGUACAAGGGUAACGGGGCGCAGAUGGUGAGGAUCUUCCCGUACGCGGCCACCCAGUUCACAUCUUUCGAGAUCUACAAGAAGUACCUGAGCGGCGUCUUCGGGCCGAAUUCGCACUUCGAUAAGUUCCUGGCAGGCGCCGGUGCCGGCCUCACCUCCGUCUCGCUCACGUAUCCCUUGGACACGAUCAGGGCCAGGCUCGCAUUUCAGAUAAGCGGUGAGCAUGUUUACACGGGGAUAACGCAUGCAGCAGUUACCAUCUUCAAGGAGGAAGGUGGCACCAGGGCUCUGUACCGCGGCUUCCUGCCUACUCUCAUGGGUAUGGUUCCGUACGCCGGUCUGUCCUUCUACUGCUUCGAGUACCUGAAGUUCGGCUGCAUGAAAUAUCUGCCGCAAUGGACUUGCAGGCCGUGCAAGAAGAACACCGGAGGUCUGGUGCUCGCCGUUCCAGCAAAGCUGAUCUGCGGAGGAUUGGCAGGCGCCGUCGCCCAGAGCGUCUCGUAUCCACUGGACGUGACGAGGAGGCGGAUGCAGCUGGCUCUCAUGAAUCCAGAGACCUCGCACUUCGCCAAGGGCAUGUGGUCCACCCUCAGGUACAUCUACAACGAGCACGGCGUGAUCAAAGGUCUCUACCGUGGCAUGUCCAUCAACUACAUGAGGGCCAUCCCCAUGGUCGCCGUCUCCUUCUCCACGUACGAGACGUGCAAGCAGAUCCUCGAGCUCGACACCGGACUGAAAGUUUAAGAAUUACAAUCUAUCGAAUUCGUUCUCCUCUACUUACCCCUUCACGUGUCGUGUGCAUUACUCCUAUGUUAAGGUCAACCCAAUAGAUUCUCGUUCUCCUUUCACGGGUUUUAGAUGCAAACGCGUACGGUUAAGUAGGCAUUCCAUUAUUAUUGUUCUAUCUUUCACUCUGUUCUUAUUUAUUUAUGUUUC